AUGUCUGCUACAUAUCCGCUAUACAAACCUGUCAUUCUUCAAAACAUUCAACGCUCCGCUGACGAGCGCAGCCAACUGUGCAACAUGAAGAUUACACUCGCACCAAUGAUUCGUCAAGGGAUAUUGAGCGUUAAUUUCCAGGAUGGAGUUCCUUAUUAUCCAAUAUCACGAUCGUGCAGAAAUAAAUUCGUGGCAGUGCACCAUCAAUGGCUCAAAUAUGUCGAGAUGAUGUCCAAGUGUGCAGUCGAAGUCGAAAGAGGCCGCAUGGACCCGAAAAAUUUGCACCUGUAUGCGAGUAUGGCAACGUACCUCAAGGACGUGAUGCUCGCAUUUAAGGAAGAGACGGUGGCUUCAGGGAAUGAUCGCACAACUGGAAUACAGAGAUCAGCACGCCUUGAUUUUCACUAUGCGUUAGCACUGUCCGGUCGAACUUACACAAAGUUGAAUUGUCGCAAGAUGGAGAAGAAGUUCAACGUGAAGUGGGAAGACUUUCUCUCCGGAGUGAACAUCGCAGAGUUAGCCAGACUCAGCGACCCUUCAUCCUUGCAUGACAUGCUUUGCGGCGAUGAUGAGAAUUUUUGCGGUUUUUCGUCUAUACAGCACACAGAUGCCUCUGUAACCAUGAUCGACAGAUUUAUAGAGACCGGCGUGCGAGCUUGGUGCGCUUCCAAAGAAUCGGCGUUCCAUUCUAGGGCCUUGCCAGACUCAGGACCUUCAGCACUGAGGAAGGCUAAGCAGAUAAACAACGGACCCUCGGAAACGGUAGAUGGUCAGCGACAUGACUACAGCACGCGGUCCGCCAAUCGAUCAGAGAAGUUGACCAUAAAGAUACCAGCGAGCUCCGCGACGAAGGACUACCGGCCGAAGGACCCUAUAAAACGAACGCGAGCUUCAAUGAAGAUGAAGGAGCCGAUAGAUGUGGAAUUUGAAGACAUACCUCAAAUUUCAUUUUUGUCGGAGGGGAAUGCACAACCAAGAAAUGAGCAUAUGAGCAUCGCCCAACAGACUGUCGAGAUGCUUCACUCCAUGACAAUAAACUGUGAUGAAGUUGAGGCACAACAGGGUGAAAUGGGUACCUCAUCACCAAACGCAUCACAAAUGGAACAUGCUCCUCCAGUUCCACCGGAAAUCGAGGUAGGAGGCGGGGUCAAUCAUUCUAUAACUACAAGCGUCCAAGUGACUUCACAGUCGGUUCCAGAAAGGGACGUACAGGCAGAUGAAAACGUGAAGAUGGACAGCGACAGUGAUCCUGUACAAUCACAAGGACAAUACGCAUGGCCCAGUGAAGACGAGCUCCUCCGACAAGCCAUAGACGCUGCAGAUGGGACGACUGUCUCCAACAAUAUAAUUAUCUGGUUGAUGAAGCGAUAUCGAUGCGCUGCUAGCAUUCCAUUUGAAGAGAAGUUCGAUGGACGACUCAUUUCACAGAGCCCAAAAGAAGCUUCCUUUGAGAACCGUGAUUUAUAUUUGGAAGCACUUGGGCUUGAAAGAUUCUACGUUGCAUUGACUCACAUGCGUGAUAGUCCUUACCACCUGGUCCACCUUUUCCACGCACUGGGGAAGGCCGCUCUGGAGACAAAUUUGUUGUCCCGAAGUAGCUGCGCAGUCGAUGCCGUCGAACCGUUGCCAUGGCUGAGACCAAGACAGUCUGAAGAUGGCGAUAUUGUGACCUUUGACGAAGUUACGAAAUGCAACGCCGAGGAAGCUCAAGACGUGAAAUCUGACCCGACGCUUAUGAGCAAGAAUCGUGUAGCAAUCGAUGACCAAGAAUUUGUAUGUGUGGAUACUGAAGUCAAGGGAAAGCGAAAGCGAGUAGAAUCGCGUCCAACUUCCCCACCGAAGGCAGGAGGGGAAAGGAGGCCGAAUAAGCGGUCUAAACGACCAAUCCAGUCAGGAUCAAUCGGACAGUCCAGUGCUGCCACACGUCCGAAACCAGGACCCGUAUCAAUGCGUAUUUCCCGACGGGUGUUCAAUGACACACUGCACGCUUUGACAGGAGAGAACGACGUCGCAACUACGCCCUUCUGUCCAGCUGCACAGUCCAUUCGAGAUGAGCCAAGGAAUAAGGACGAGCUUCACGGAAUAUUCGACACAAUGGUCGAAUCGUCAAUAUUGUCUCGCGUUGUUACAGGAAACUCCGAUUCAAUUGAAGCUGAUGAUAUCUCACUCAUGGCUGAAGCGCAGUCGUCAGGCAUGGCACAGGGAGGUGUCUCAUGUGGACCGACCGAUGCAGAGACAAAGCUGGUCGUCCCAUCCAACUGUAUCUAUGCAUUACUCGUGCUCUUGCACCAGCACGGCGUGUAUGUCAAGAUGGUCGCGAACGGUAAACCACAGGUAAAGAAGGGACAUAUGGACCCAGUAGAUUUACAGCUGUAUACGAACGUGGUUGCGUAUAUUCGGGACGUCAUUCUCGCAUUCAAAGAAGAGUGGCAGGAGGAAGGGUAUAAGCCCACAUUUCGUUCAGCACGCUUGGAGUUUCAUACGGCAAUGCUCCUUACAGGUGGCACCUUCAAUGAUAAAAAUGUGCGAAAGGUGAAAAAGAAGUUCAAUGUUACGUGGGAUGACGUCGUCAAGCGCGUGGAGGUGCCGGAAGUCAAGAAGCUACAUUGGGACGAGAAGGCAUAUCACGAGUUGACAUGCGACAAGGAUGAGAAUAUGUGUGGUCUGGACGUUUUUUCCACCGUUAAACAUAGCAAGGAGUCGCUCAAUAUGAUAGAGAGAUUCAUCCAGGAUAGGGAGGCUGCGUGGGUAGCGAAGAACACAGUUGUCAUUGACCUUGAAGAUGUGGAACAACAGGUAGGAGCUAGAAAUACGAAGGGAAAGCAGGCCGUCCGUACCGCACAAAAUGACGCUCCAGAGAGCACAAAGGGGGGUAGCGCUGUGCGCAACGCGAAAAGAUCUGACAGAAUAUCAGUCCAAGAGGGUGAAGACAUGAGGGAUAAUCAGAACGAUGUCCGGAACACAACCGAGAAUAGAGGAAAAAUUCAGGAACAUCAGGCAGCAAAUGUGGUCGUAAGUCGCAAAGGACAAGGCAACGUUAUGAGCGAUACCGACCAUGAGUUGGAGAAGAUGAACGCGUUGGAGAUAUCAUCGAGCCGUAAGAAAAACGAUGAUGCUCAAGCUUCGCCUAACAUGAUGGAGUCAGUGCGCACUUCGGGUAAAACUACAAAAAUAGUGAAUUACCGCACUAAAUCUGUCGACGUGGUCACAGCUGAAUCGAAUGAAGCAACCAAUACAGUUGGAGCGAGAGCUGGAGAAAAGUCGUCUAACGCAGUAGCGAAUGAGGGAGAAUUUAAGCUGGCAGCCUCCUCAACUAUCGAUGGAGUGAAGGGCCGUGAAGUCUCAAACGCUUUCCUGAUGGGUUCGGCUGAUGACAUGCAAAACAUGGUGGCACGCGGCAUGGUGGAAGGGAAUGGAAUGGACAUCAGCAAAAAAUUAAUCGUCUGGAUGAUACGCCGAUUUCGCACACUCGUUGGAGUUCCAUUAGAAGCGCCCCUACACGGACAACUCAUCACACAAUCACCUGAUGAAUACCACGACCUGACAGAGAAUGACUACCUUGAGGCACUCGGAAUUGAAAGAAUAUAUGCUGCAUUGGUCCAUGCAGAAGAGAGCCCUGGACAUCUUGUUCAUCUCGCACAUGCUUUGGGGAGGGCAGCCAAGGAGACCAAUAUAUUGUCUGAUUCUAAGCCAGACACAGAAUCCUUAGACCCCCUGCCCCCCACGACGCUGCCGCGCGCAACCACAUCCACCAGCAUUGUCCAGUCCUCCAAUGAAGUCGAAAAUAAUAAUCAUGCUCGCAAUAAUAUUCAAGAUGAUCAGCAAAAAUCAAGAAUUAUGGAUAUGGACGGCGAUGAUGGAUCCAUGUCCUACGAAGAACAGGCAGUAGGCGUGUCAGCCAAUCUCUCCGCUGAUAAGAUGGUUACCGAAGCAGAACAUGACGAAAACAGUGCCGGUGACAAUAGGAAUCCGAGCGAGGACACAUCAAAGAAAGGGAAAAGGACACGAUCAAACUCAAUGCCUUCAUCUGGCACAAUGCCUAAGAAGGGGGGGAGAUAUAGAAAGCGCUCAAAACCUCUGUCCUCAAUGCCCCGCAUAUGA